GGGACAUCAACUGGGUAGAUAUGGAGAACGCCCAACUACAAGCACUAAACAUAGUUGACGUCCUAUGGACGCCUAAACACCUACAGACCCCUAAACUAGACCUAUUCCACACAACGUCUCUGACAAUUAACGUAUGGGACACAUUUAUGGCCACAAUGGGGUGCAAACUCUCCUUCCAUACCCGGGCACCACUGACUGCCUUAGGAACCAAAUCCCCCGACCUCCCUCUAACAAAAUGGGCUAAAGCAGGAAUCACCAACGUCCAACACUUAUUAGACGAUAAGGGUGUAAUGGCAUUCGCAGAUAUACAGGCCAAAUGGCACCUACCGAUGAGUGAAGAAUUUACCUACCUAAGACUCAAAGGGACCAUACUGACACAUGUGCUGUGA